AUGCCAGAGGUGCUCUGUCUGGUUGGCCUUGUGGUCACCCCCAGAUCUGCUCCGUGUCAGCUCCAAGUUCCAGCGGGGUCCUGUUACCAAGGGGUCACAUCUCCGAGUUCCAGUGGGGGCUCACCUCUGAAGGUCCCAUCUCCAAAAUCCAGUGGGGUCCUGUCUCCUAGCGUCCUGCUUCUGGGUCCUUGUGGGGUCUCGUCUUCAGGUUCUGGUGGGAUGCCAGAGGUGCUCUACCUGUCUGCAUGUGUUUUAUUGUAUAUUUUCCUUGGCUUGUUGUCUGUUGUUACAGUAUGUGGAAACCUUCUGGUAAUAAUCUCUAUCAUUUACUUCAAACAGCUCCACACUCCUACAAACUCUCUCAUCCUCUCUCUGGCUGUAGCUGACCUGCUUGUUGGUGUUGUAGUUUUUCCUCUCAGCAUGGCCUUCUCUCUUAGCUCAUGUUUGUAUUAUGAACAUUUAUUUUACAGAUAUUAUGCAGUGUGUCAGCCUCUGACAUACAGAACUAAGUUAAAUGGUCGUGUUGUUGUGGUCAUGAUUCUGGUCAGCUGGAGUGCUUCAGCUAGUGUUACAAUUAGCCUCAUGGUACAUGAUUUACACCAAGAAAGAUGUAAAGAAAAUUGUUUCCUUCAUGUUUUACUAAUAAACACAUUCGGAAUAAUUUCCUCAUUUUACGGACCAGUCAUCAUAGUGCUCUCUAUCUACCUAAAGAUUUUCCUGGUGGCACAGAGACAGGCACACAGCAUCAGGAACACAACCUACUUUGAAUCCUGUGACAGUGUCAUUUCCACUGUUUGA